UACUGAAAGAUCCGAAUUAAGAUAGGAAAAUCUAAAUCAAAUCCAUUUUAAGUUAUACGAACCUUAUCGGUUUUUGACUAGGAAAGUAAAAAGGAGCCUCUUCAUAUCUUUUUAAACAUUAGUAUUUUGUGAUGCAUCACUCCUCCACACAAGUCAGAACAAGAAGCAACAGUGACACAAGUCUUAGCCAUGGACACAUCUUCUCAUAUGUCAUGCGUUUUAAAAAUCAAUAUGCAAACCCGUGGAUGGGAAAAAUCCAUGCAUAAGCUCAUUAGGGAUAUCCCAGAUGUGACAUACAUGAUCGACGCCGCGAUGGGAUUGGCCUACGUCUCCGGCAAGAUCAACCCUGAGAUUAUCCUGAAGAUUCGGAAAUGUAAGAAACAUGUUCAGCUCAUCCAGAUCGAUUACGGCCACAAUUUGACUCCCAGAUCCAGCUCUUACUACUUACCCACCACCACUGGUUACAAUCAGCCACAACCACCAACGCCCAUGUCUCAGGCCCCGGCGCAACCGUAUAUGCAUUACCUCCAAAUCCCGUACGAACAGCCUCAAGUAGCUUAUCCUUAUUUCAAUCCCUAUCUCUAAUUCUACUGAUAAUAAUGUGUAAUUUUACAAGAUGAUCAAUGCCAAAACGUUACAUUUGAUUUACAAAAGUAAUAAUAUUAUUAGCAAAAGUUUUCAGUAUUGAAAAUUGCAAUUCACUUUCUUUUGCUCUACGUGUAGAGAGCAAUGCAAUGAGAUGAGUUUGAGAGUAGAGAGAGGUUAACGUAAGAAGCUCAAAGUAAAUGCUUGUCUUUUGGUAGAAAAAAAAAAAAAAAAUUACACGCGACUCUGAAAUCACUUGCCUUGUUUCUGCCUGAGGCGUUCUUUGACAAAAUCAUUACGGGCUUUAGUGCGAGCUUGCUGAGGAGCAACGUUGAGAUAAGACAAAUGGAUUCCAAUAGCGAAAAGAGCUGCCCCUGAGGCAAAAAACGCCACUGUCAUCGCCAGUUUUCUUGGUGACGAUGGAUAGCAAAACGACAUUCUCAAUGCUAUCACCUCUUCG